CCACUAAUGCUCGAAAUCCACCGGUCUACAAUAAGAUUUUCAAGAUGGCGACUACUCAACGUACGCAGCAGCCACAGGGCGACACCAGGCAAGAAUUGUCUGAACUCGUCAAGAGGAAACAAGAACUGGCGGAGACCCUGGCUAAUUUGGAGAGGCAAAUAUAUGCCUUUGAAGGGAGCUACCUUGAAGACACCCAGAUGUAUGGGAACAUCAUUCGUGGCUGGGACAGAUAUCUGACCAACAACCGAACCACCAACAGUAAGGCUGACAGAAGAAACAGAAAGUUCAAAGAAGCAGAGCGACUGUUCAGCAAGUCAUCCAUAACAUCACAUGCUGCUAUUCAAAGUGUCAUUCAAAGCCAGCCACAAUCAACAGAGGAAAAAAGAGAAGCUAUCCAGGACCCAGCAGAAGUGGGCCAUGAUAGUGGCAGUCAGAGCAGCACGUCCAGUCAACAUGGCACCAGUGUGGUACACUCAGGCAGGGUCCACAAAAGUUCACACAAGAAAGGAAGAACAAGAGCAGGCAUCACAGACUGGAAGUCAAGCUGAACAAAAAAGGAAGAGGUGAUGUAGAUGAGUGCUGAUGCUGGACCUGACAGUGGAAGUGGAGUUUGGAGGCUACAGUAGUGGAGCAGAGUUUUAGUGAUUGUUAGUGUAGCAUGUUCUGUAACAGGCAGCAAGUUCCAACAGUACGGUUUACUGGACUUGGAUCCGGACUUGUAAGAAUGUUUAGGUUCAAGUCCAA